AUGCGUCGCCACUUACCGACCACUGAGCGUGCGCACUUUAGCAAGUACAAGAGUGCUAAGACCUUGUACGACGCUGUAGUUGCACGCUACUCCUCCCUUGCCACUGCUGCUCUUAGCCGCCUCAUGCUGCCGUACCUGUUCCCUGACCUUGCUGCUUUUCCCACAGUCACUGACCUUAUCACUCACCUUCGCACUAUCACCCGUCUCCCUGACUCCCUCUCAGUUUGCCCCACCACACUCACCGUCAACCUCCUCGAGAAGCGCUUCCUAGCAGCAGAGAAAAACAUAGUUGCUGUAGGAGCCUCUCGUCGUGACCCUCGCACCCCCGUCUUUGAGGGGUGUUCCCCCUCCCCCCUCUUGCCCUCUGUUGCUUCUGCUGCUGCUGCCGACCUCGUUGGUUUCUACGAGGUCGGCGCUACGUCUGCCCCUAGCGGGAGACGCCGCACCGGCAAGGGCAAGGGGGGCAAGGGCGCUGGAGGGGCUAGCGAGGCCGGUGGAGGUGGUGGUGGUAGUGGUGGCGGGGGUGGAGGUGUCGGUGGCAGCAGUGGAGGUGGAGGAGGCGGCGGCGGUGGCGGAGGGAGCGGAGGUGGUGGAGGCGGCGGAGGUGUCGGAGGCGACGGAGGUGGCGGAGGCGGCGAAGGUAUCGGAGGCGGCGGCGGCAGCAGUGGACCUGGUCGCGGCUCUGCGCAGAGGAGUGGCUCCGAUGGUGGUCCGCGCCAGCAGCAGCAGCGCAGUCGUGAGACCCUGUCCCCUCAGCAGCUUCGUGAGUGGUACGCUGCGCGUCAGCGCGAUGGGGGUACUGGUCCCUGCACCUACAUUCUCCGUACCAGCAACCGCGCUGGUGAGCAGUGCGGGGGCCCGCACUCCACCCAGCGCUGCUUCGGCCGUCUGACGGACGCGUGGCGGCACCAGUUCCCAGAGGCCUCUGAGAUCCCUCGCUGGGGAGAGCUGUCUAGGGCGGGGGUUGCUAUCUUUGGUCUUGAUUUUGAUGCUAUUCUUGCUGCCAUGUAUGCUGUUGCUGAUAGUGUUGAGGGUGACUGUUACCUGUGUGUUCCGCCUGACCCGGGCAUUGAGACUACUGCUCUAGGUGCUGGUGAGGCUGCUGCUCUAGGUGCUAGCGUGUCUGCUGCCCCAGGUGCUGGUGAGUCUGCCCUCUCAGGUACCACGUCGGCUCAAGCCUUACACACCUUCACCCUUGACUCGGGUGCUUCCCGCUCCUUCUUUCGAGACCGCACCACACUUACGCCGCUUAGUCGGCCGGUUGCGGUCUCCCUUGCGGACCCCUCUGGGGAUCGUGUCCUUGCUAGCUUCUCCACUGUCUUACCGUGUUCGGCAGCCCCCUCUGGCACCCUGUCAGGUCUCUACCUCCCCUCGUUCUCUACGAUCUUGGUGAGAGGAGCUGAUCUACAGGAUAAGGGGGUUGACCAGUUCACUCCUGCAAGACAGCGGGUGACCCACUGCACGUGUGCUCGGACAGGCCGACACUUGGCCACGUUCACCCGUCAGCCGGGGUCGAGCCUGUACACCCUCACUACUGAGUCUCCUCCGGCUGCUGAGCCUGGUCAGGUCGCUGCGUCGAGUCAGGUGUUUGCUGCAGCGUCCAAGUCUAAUCCUGAGUUUGCUCCCUCCUCGUGUUGUCUCCUAUCUCACUAG